UGUAUUUCUCUCUCUCUUUUUUUGUUUUUUUUUUUGUUUUGUUUUUUCAUAAGGGUCCCGAACUGCACAUAGGUUUGGUAUAUUACAUUUCAGUCUUGCAGGAAAGAAGAUGGCGGCUGUCAUUCAUAAUCCAUUAAAAUCGCUUGGUGACCAGUUUUAUAAAGAGGCCAUUGAACACUGUCGCAGCUACAAUGCCCGCCUCUGUGCUGAGCGCAGCGUGCGGAUGCCCUUCUUGGACUCUCAAACUGGUGUGGCUCAGAACAACUGCUACAUCUGGAUGGAAAAGCGUCACCGCCGACCAGGCCAGGCGGCGGGGCAGAUGUAUACAUACCCUGCUCGGUGCUGGAGGAAAAAGAGGCAACUCCACCCCCCCCUGGAUCCCCAGCUUCGCCUGUGUGAGCUUCGGUUAGAAGCAGAUCUUGCCCCCAAACGUGAGGGGCCGCCGGGGGAGGCCACCGCCUUGGAGGCCCUCCUGAGGGGGGACAACCUUUUGGAGAAAAAAAACAGCCUCAGUAAAGAUGAAGAGACGCUGCUGGAAAUACAGAGAGUCCUGGAGGCAGAGGAAAAUGGAGAUAGCUUGCAUGAAGAUGAGGAGCUGGAAGUUGAUGCGCCGAAGAAAAAGAACAGGAAUAGAGGCAAAAGCCGAGGAUCAACACGCAGAAGGACGGAAUCUGCCAAUGCUGAAGACCAGGACAAGCCUUACAUCUGUGACAAUAGGUACAAACAAAAGCAUAACUCAAAAAAGACUGAAGAAGUCUGUGGGAAGCGCUACAAGAACCGGCCGGGUCUGAGCUACCACUACACCCACACUCACCUGGCCGAUGAGGAAGGCGAAGAAGAGAAGGACGCAGAGAUGGCCCCGCCUUCCCCUCGCAACCCAGAUAAUCACAAACCUCAAAAGGGCUCUGAUGGCACCAUCAUUCCCAACGACUACUGUGACUUUUGCUUGGGAGACCAGGACGCUAACAGGAAGACAGGUCAGGCAGAGGAGUUGGUGUCCUGCUCCGACUGUGGGCGUUCUGGCCACCCCACAUGUUUGCAGUUCACAGAAAACAUGAUGCAGGCGGUGAGGACGUAUCAGUGGCAGUGCAUCGAGUGCAAGUCCUGCAGCCUGUGUGGUACCUCUGAGAAUGACGACCAGUUGCUGUUCUGUGAUGACUGUGAUCGAGGAUAUCACAUGUACUGCUUGAAACCUCCCAUGACUCAGCCUCCUGAAGGGAGCUGGAGCUGUCACCUGUGUCUGGACCUGUUAAAAGACAAGGCCUCAGCCCACAUAGAAGCAUAAUUGGAACCAGCGACUUAUUCUUACAAUACACAGUGUCAUGGAAAAGAUGGCUGAUCCCCCUUAAACCUUUAUGCUCAUUUUAAAAUUACAGACAAAUAAUAUUUUUUAUAGAUUAAAUGUCACUUCAAGCUUUUUUUUUUAGCAGAAAUCGUUGCAAAACCCUCAAAAGGUGUGCAGUGCAUAUGUUUUCAAUGCCCAUACUCAAAAGUUUGGGUAAAUACUUUUUACUUUUUGGUUAGUCUUAUGCAGCCUCUAGCUGGUUUUUAUUCAGUUGUUUAUUUUGUGCUGUCCAUCUUCCAAUUAACUCUCAGCUUCCCUGGCCAUGCUGAAGAAAAGCAUUGUUCCACCCCACCUCGUUUCAUCAUGGUGAUGGUGUUUAUGGGGCGAUGCGCACUGUCAGUAUUUUGACACAUGUAAUGUAUAUAUGUUCCAGAAGCUUUUGUUUUGGUUUCCCUCUGACUUAGAGCUCGUUGUUUGACAUGUUUUCAGCGUCAGCUUCAUGGCUUUUGUCAAAAUGAAGCAGCUUUUUUUGUUGCUUUCUAUCUACAGUGUCAUUAUACCUCCCUUUCGUCUUUAAGGGCAGAUUUCUUGAUGGAUACCAAUAGGUGUUGUUUUAAUAGAUUGUCCUUCCUGAUGCCUGAAGCUCCUCCAGAGUCACCGCCUUCUUCACUGCUUCUUUGGUUAAUGCUCUCUGUUUAGUUGGAUGGCCCUCGCAAAAUAUAUGUCCCAUCUUAAAGGUAUAGAGGACGAUUUUUGCAAACUUUUGAAAGGACCCCCCUCUCCAAUUUUUAAACAAUUGCACAUGUACAACCCUGUACCUGCUCAGGAGAGGGAACGUCUAUUAUUUGCAUGCGAGAGCGUGCACAAGCCCAUUUCUCCUCGUGAAUGCUCUGUUUAAAAGUUGCUGUUUGCAUCGCUCAUACAAGCUUACUUUCCAAAAGAAGAUUUGCAAAUUUUCUGCUAUGUUAGACUCACCACCGGUGAGUGAAAAUGGGGAUGAGCAGUUAGGACGGCCUUAUGUAAACAUAUCACCAGAGACAUUGACAAUUAGGAGGACCACUUAUUUUUAUGAUCCACCCAGAAAAAGAACUUCCUCCACUAUACCUUUAAGAUGAUGGAAUGAAUAGUGCUCAAUGAGAUGUUUGAAGAACUUUUUUCAGCUUUUAUCUUCUCAACAAUUGUUGUAUUUCUUGUAUCGUUUCUCUUUUAUCAGGAUUUAAAGAGUAGAAAACAGCUCUUCUCCUAACAAAGUGUUCCCAACUGUAUUAAUACUCACCUUUAGCUGCACAUGAUUUUAUGUAAAGAUAUGAAUGAAAACUCAUAUAAUCCUAAUACAAAAAAUUGGGGGAGUUAAAGGCUGAAUACUUUUUUGCAAGGCCCUGUACACAAAAAGUGUUUGUUAUUACAUAUUAGCAGUUCAAUGUACCGUAUGCACAUGAGUGGAGAAACCCUUUCUAAACAGGCUUUAAAAAUGCAGGGACUUCAGACAGCUCAUGAAACCACCCCACAUGCACACAUUCCAGCACAUUAGCAGGCACAGGGCAGCUUCCUGUUUAAGGAGACGAAACCUUUUUCCUCCCAUUUAGCAAAGCAAUACUCCACAGAUGCAUAUGUCAUCAGAGUGCAACCUCAACCACAGGUCAACGAAAAGCAAGUCUGCCGUUUAAAUACAUCUCUACCUCACCAAGUGGAAGUCAAGGAGCCAAUGCAGGAUUGUUAACCCAUUUUAGUACCUGUCUGUUGAAUUUAGAUGCUAAUUUGAAAACAAACCUAUUUAGGAUGUUUAGAAGGUGUUUGCUAAAGCCCUACCACCUUCUUUUCUUUCUGCUCUGAGGUUUCCAGCUGAGAAAAACCCGGAUCACUUUGACUGAUGUUUGUUUAAAGUGUCCCUCCAGCUCGCCAGCUCCACUGCUGUGUUUAGACUCUGCAGUGACAUUUCUGUUUUAUAUCUGGAAAGAUUCUGCACCAGUUUCCCCCAUGUUUCACAAGGGUUUUGUCAAGCCAUGAAUUUACAUCAAAAGCCAGAGGAAAGAAGGGAUUAAAAAAACCCUCAUCUGUCGUUCAUUUUUUAAAUCCAUGCCUGUUUUCUGUACGAGUAGAGUUAGUGGUGUUUGUGGUGCUCACUGGUGACUUCAAACAGAUGAAUUUACCUUUACUUGUAAUUAUGAAUCUGUCGUUGAUAAUAGGUCAGUCUUGCUGUCAGUGACUUCAUUCAGUAUAAAUCAUAGUUCUCCAAACUGUUAUUGUUCCUAUCUUAACAAAACACUAUUUACACUAUAGCUGUGUCAUCUUGUUAAAAAAAGCACGGCUUAGAUCUUGUCUAAACUCUAAAGGAAUGCAAACAAAACUGCCAAAAAACAAAAACAUCUGUUGUAUCAUCACUAAAGCAAAGCUUUACUCUGGUUAUGUUUUAAAAAUGUACAAACCCUUAAAUCUUUCCCUUCUGUCUCUUUUAAAAUGUUUAAUCAUUCUGUUAAACUCCAGGAUAAACUUGCAUUUCAUUAGCAAUUUAGUAUGAAGUAAAUAUUUUACCCAUUUUAAGCUCAGGAAAACAAGCAUAGGAAUAGAGCAACUUAAACCUAUAAUCCUGAAGAAAAAAAAGUUAGGCAGAGAAUAAAAAAAAAAAAAGUUUUUCUGCAUGAUGUAGGUGUUUGGACGGAGACAGCGCCAAAAACUGGCUGAUUCUCUUUCUUAUGAUCAUUUCUGUAUUGAUUUAGUCAUUUUUUUAAGCAUCAUUAUCUUAGCUAAGAUAACUGCAACAAAAGAUGGAUUUAUUACAAAGAUUUUAACAUGUCGGCUGCAGAGAGUCUGUGUAAAGGAAGCAACAAUCUGGAAUUAUUCAUUAUUAAACUGCUGUUUUGUCAUUUUAAGAUGAUCAAAACAAAAAUCCAAGACGUUAUUACCUUGCAAGACAUGUGUUCAAUAUAUUAAGUUGGUGAGCUGUGCUAAGUCACAGGUUUUUUCAGUCUGAAAACAAUCAGGUAACAUUCUACACCUUUAGAAAAUCCUUUCUUCAUAUUGUAUCUAUAACUAAUGAUCAAUAAAUCUGCCUUCCUAUAUGAGGAUGUUUAUCACAAAUCUGUAGCCACUGCUGUAAAUCGCAAAACAUGUAAAUGUAAACCUCAACCUCAGGCUAUAAAAAAACAUUUACUGCAGUGCUCAUGCUGAAAAAUCUGUGAGAUGGAGUUAUGUUUGUUUAAAAGGACAAGAACUUCUUUCGGUUUAUGUAAAAAGAAUAAUUAUUGUAAUAUUUUAAGGUUUUUCCAAAAUGAAGUCUGACCAAUAAGCAACAAAACAGAGAAAAAAACGAGAACAAAUAUGUGUAUUUGUGUCAUUGUGAGUUUGUUUUUGAUACCGUUUUAUAAUGACAAUCAAAAUGUAGCAAAGAAACAGUAUGUUUAUGUUUAUAACACACAAAAAAAUGUUUUUUAUUACACUAGAUGUUUGUUCUUUUUCUUAAAAAAACACUAAGGGGAGUUUUUCUGCUAUAAUUGUAUCUGUACAUGGAGUCAGAAUUUGUGCAUUAUUUUGUUAAACUUAACUGUUCAGUUUGUCUCUUAAUAAAGACUUCUCUAUAA